CGAUAAUCAACUACUCUUAUGCCAAAUCUAGCCUGAUAAAGAUAAGGUGUAAGUAAACAAUUUACAUAUCUAUUGGUUUACAACGUCUUCUAAGAUAAUAAUGAGUACAGUUAUAAAGUGUAAAAGGCCAAAAAAGGAAUUAACUUAUACAGAAGAAAAGAUGUGUGAUUCAUCUACAAGAUUCUCAUAUUCUGUAAUCCAACAAUUAUUAGAGAAAGAAUUACAUUGUGCUAUUUGUCAUGAAAUUGUUAUCUGUUCUAGUGUAUUACAUUGUGGUCAUAUAUUCUGUACAUAUUGUAUACAUAAAUGGUUAAGAUGUAAAGCUAAAUGUCCUUUAUGCUUUAAACCGUGUCAUAGACAUAUUUCACUGAAAAAUUUAGAUAAUUUAAUUGGAAAUAUCUAUGAAUUAAUUAUGCCUAAAUGUUUACAAAAUGAACGAUGUAAAGAGAUUGAAUCUAGACAACAAAUACCAAUUGAAACUGGAAAGGUUACUUCUUAUGAAAUAAACAAUGAAAGUCAAAUAUCAGAGAGUGAUUCUGACUCAAUUAAUUGGACCCAGACAAUCGAUUCAUCAUUGAAUACCUCUAUAUUGACAACUACAACAUCAUCAACAUCUUCAUCAUCAACAGAUUUAUCUUAUUCCUCAACAUAAUGAAACUGUUUUGAUAAAUCAAUUUUUGAUGAAUACCAUUGUUUAUCUCUAAUGAUUCCUAGCCCCCCCCCCCCGGCUCCUGCUUGUAAAAAAAUAAAUAAGAAUAGGUACUGAUAUCAGUUUAGUUCUUUAUCUGUAAAUUUUAUCAUUAAUCGAAUUUGUACAACUAUAUGAUUCAGUUUAUAUAAAAGUGCUUGAUUAUGU